AUGUCUUUCUACAAAGUACCAAACCCAAAAGAAGAUGCUAGAGCAGUGUUCGAAGUUCUGAAACGGGGUGGUAUCGCCAUUAUUCCGAUGAGCGUUGGCUACGGAAUAACCGCGAUCGAUCCGGAUGCAUUAGACCGGAUUUUCCGAACGAAACAACGAGAACCACACAAGCGACAUGCAAUGGUUGGCAGUUACCUUCUGCAUCGAGAUAUUCAUCUUCUUCCCCCACAGGAAGCCGAUAUAGUCAGACUCUUGACUGUAGACUUGGAUCUUCCUCUUGGGGUUGUUGCGCCAUAUCGGCUUGACCAUCCCGCAAUUCAAAAGCUUCCACCAAAUAUAUUAGCACAAAGCGUUGUUGAGAACACUCUGGCAAUGUUGGUCAAUGGAGGCGCUUUGCUAGACGAAUUGUCUCGACUUGCUACUCUAGAGAAACUAUAUCUGAUGGGGUCAUCGGCCAAUAUCACCGGGAAUGGAGUAAAGAUAGCGGUUGAGGACAUCGAGCCUGAGAUCCUCAAAGUGGCAGAUAUAAUUAUCGAUUAUGGGAGACAAAAGUUUCACCACCCUCGAGCCUCUUCUACCAUGAUCGAUUUUAGAACAAUGAAAGUUAUACGAUACGGGGCUUGUUAUGAUGUGGUACAGGAUGCUCUCUGGCGAUUUUAUGGAAUCAAAUUGCCAGAUGAUCCUGGAACGUCAACUCGUUCGUCUUGA